AGAGUGACAGACUGUGUGAGAGCAUGAGAAGGAGAGGGUGACUCUUUGAGAGCAACGUGGACAGAGACCGGGACAGUUGUGUGCGUGUGUGUGUGUGUUUGUGUGCGUGCGUGCAUGUCUUCAGAGUUGUGGAUACAGUGCCUGCAGUGUCAGUGCUGUAGAUAAAGUCAGAGCUGCGCGUAGAGGAGAGAAGUGAGGUGGAGGAUUUCAGACCCGAGGAGCGCCGAACGACAGACUGGAGAAGAGUUCAACAUCAUGCCGAGGUCUUUUCUGGUGAAGAGCAAAAGGGCCCACAGCUACCAUCAGCCCCGGUACCUGGACGAUGGCUACAGUAGGCUGGACACUAUACUGGCUCAGGCGUGCGCAGAGACCAAAUGUCAAGGGGAGUUUGCGUCCAAAUUGGAGCCGCAGGAAGAUGUGUGCGCCAGACUGUCCCCCGGGCCCAGGCUACAGUCCCCAGAGUCACUGUCCUCCAUCUCCCCGCUGAGCUGCUCGGGCAGCGUGUGUGACCGGUCCUCUGACUGUGAUUUCUGGCGGCCCCCGUCUCCCUCCUCCUCACCAGAUUCAGAGAAAUGCUCCACUCCAGCAGCGGACGACGGUCACUUCAACCUCCCGCUCUUUCCUUACUCUUGGUCAGUUUACUCUGGGUCCGGGUCCGAGCUGAGACAUCUGGUUCAGGGGCCUUACCACCCAUUGGGCCACAGGGAGUCUCACUCACCCGUCAGCAUCUACGGGGAAGACGACAGCGGCACCGAGUCGCUUUACGCGCAGCGAGGCCUCGGGGCCGGAUGUUACCAGGAUUAUUCUCCAACGGCCCACCAAAUCUGUAGGAUGCGGAAUGGAGACGAGCUGUAUCUGGAUGUGAAGCAGCAGCCGCGUGUUGCAGAAAUCAAAUCUGAAAACGAGUUCCUCCGCUCUAGCCUCGAGUCAAGUGGAUCCUUUAAGUGCAUUAAAUGCUGCAAGGUGUUCUCUACGCCUCACGGAUUGGAGGUUCAUGUGCGGCGGUCGCACAGCGGGACGCGGCCGUUUGAGUGUGGGAUCUGCGGGAAAACCUUCGGACACGCAGUGAGCUUGGAUCAGCACAGAGCGGUCCACUCCCAGGAGAGGAGCUUCAGCUGUAAAAUCUGCGGCAAGAGCUUCAAACGAUCCUCCACGCUCUCCACGCACCUGCUUAUCCAUUCGGACACCAGGCCUUAUCCGUGCCAGUACUGCGGAAAGAGGUUUCACCAGAAGUCAGACAUGAAGAAACACACCUUUAUCCACACGGGUGAGAAGCCGCACAAGUGCCAGGUUUGCGGGAAGGCCUUCAGCCAGAGCUCUAACCUAAUCACGCACAGCAGGAAGCACACGGGCUUCAAACCUUUCGGCUGCGACCUCUGCGGGAAAGGCUUCCAGAGGAAAGUCGACCUGAGGAGACACAAGGAGACGCAGCACGGACUGAAAUAAUCUGACUUUCAAAAUGGAAACCUGCACUUUGAAUGUUGACUGUCAUUUAUUAGUUUGUUGUAAUGGCCUUCCCCCUCUUUGUUGACUUAUUGACCUAUUUAGACUAAAAUAUUCUAGUUGCCUAUUUAUCAGCUGUGUUUUUACACUUUAUUAUUAUUAUUAAUGUUAUUAUUAUAAAAAAUAUUUCAGUUGUUUUCCCAAUCUGAAUAUUUGGGCCAUCUUUUUAAAAUCUGAGAAUUUGUAACAUACACCUGGAUUAAAAAUUAACUUAAGGACCUCA